AUGUUUUUACCGCGACCACUGUUUCAUAUAAAUUACUAUGGUAACCUGGACAGGAACGGCACAUGGCUGCACCCCAACACAUCUUACAGACCUGAAAAUAUCAUGAACAUAUUUGAGAACAAUACUGGUGAAGUAAAACAAAAGAACACAGAUGCUCUUAAUGCUCCACGAAACCGGAAGCGGAAGGAGAAAAAGAAACAGAAAAACGAAAUUCUGUCUUCUCAAGAUACUCACUUACUUAAUAAUCAAUUUAUUCUUCGUCAACCCCAGCCUGUUUUGAAAAUCGAGAAGAAGGAAGAAAAAUGUUCAACAAAGGAUGAUAAGAUUGACAGGAAUCGGAGCCAGAGUUUAAUUGAUGCUUAUAAGCAGUCAUCCUUUCAACCAAAUGACCCGUUUACUCUGCAUAAUACUUCCUUGCAAGACAUUUGCAGGACCGCUUCUGGCUUUCCUCCAAAACUGUCACCUCCAAAAGUUUCUGCUCCAGUAUUCAAAACUAAAUGUGAACCUCAACAAAGGUUCAAAGAAUCCGAAUCUGAUGGGGGAAAAGAUAUAUGUAAAAUAGAGAUAAUCAAACACGAUGAUAUUUUGGUGCCGAAGAACAGGAUAUCUAUAACAAAAGAUCCCAUAAAUGCAAAGAGGAUACAACUGUGUGAACAAGCCAAGCUAAGGGCUCUGCAUGCGUCCGAUAGAACUGGGAUACCUUUGGCCGAUAUCUACACAGGAAGGAUAUCAUUCACAGAUAAAAAGACAGAAAUAACUGGGGAAAUGGAGGAAGAUGUAAGUCAAGUGACGGCCAUUGAAAAUGAUACUAUGGAAAGUAACGUUUGCAACACACAACCUGUCGCUAUUCCAAUAUGGCACGAUAGAACUGUUACAUUCCCUGACAACUACAGCUUUUCCUCUGGUUGGACGAUGUCGACUUCCGGUUGUGAGACAGAGGAACCAAUCACGUUACAGGAAGUGCGAGAACACAUGUGCUAUUAUGUACUCUGCUGCGGACUUUGUAUAGAUUGA